AUGGCCGUGCCCGGGGUUCCCACCGCCUCUCAAAAUGCAAAGGCGCCAACAGUCCAGACGGUUCCAAUACCACCUCUUGGUGCAGAGGAAGAAGACCAUAUCAUUCUCGCUCGCAUAACGAACGACGAACGGCCCCUUCGUCGUGUGAUCAAGAAGUUUCACAACUACAUCUCCCUUUCCCAUCCACCAAUAGUCCCUGGUUCCAAUGGAUUCCCUACUGCCAGCUCUGUAGACGAUGCACGAGAGGCUUUCCUCGUAGAACUAGCGACGUUCCAAUUGUCUCUCAAAAAAAGUGCCAUGAUUUGUGAGGCGGAAGCUAGGCAGGUCGAUGAGUACCAGAGAGAACGGGAAAGAAUUGAUAACGAACACGAAACACUGAAAGGGCAGAUAGAGGAGUUGAAGAUUGCACUGGAGCAUGCUCAAAUGGCCAGACGGCGGAAAAUAGAAUACGACUCUGUAACGGAAAAGGUGAACACCAUACCGAGUAGAGAAGAAUUGGAACAAACGAUACAAUCUCUGGAGAACGACAUGGCAGCCAUUCGUGCAGAGCAUGAAACACAAAACCGGACCCUACAAGGGCACAAAUCUGCUUUGGAUGGGAUCAUUGCUGAAUUAUCAUCACUACGAUUUAUGGGGAAAGAGCAAGCUACCACAGAAUCCCUACCUGCAACUCCUGCACCAGAAGGCCUAGACGCAAUCGUUACGGAUGGUUUCGUUGAAGAGGUGGAGAUUUCAAACUCGGCCGGUAAGGUCGAAGAGAGUAGGGAGGGAGAUGAGAAACAGUCCCUUGAGUCGGUGUCAGAUCCAGCAGUCGGGGAAGGGAUCGUGGAGGACGACAUUGAAAUGGGAGAAGUAGAAGAGGAUCCGCGGGAGAAAGGUAGAAAAAAGUUGAGGGAGGAACUGGAAGAGGGUGAAGCGAGUGAUGCCAGCAGCGAAUUAUCCGAGCCGCCCGAUGACUGA